ACCCCAACAACAACUAUGGGACUGUUGAUUAAUUUUGUCGACAUGUUGAUGACAUGUGUUGCGCGAUAUAUCCUAGCUAGAGUACAUCGUAGACUGAGCUGAGCUGAGAGCCGAUUAUGUCCCCAUUUUUAUCAUUAUAAUCUGUCAGAGCUAGAGUGAAGUACUACAACGGACAAGACACGUACAGCACGUUGAUUAAUUCCUUUUUCCUUCCCCGGCCGGCCGGCAGUGCAGCGACAAGGCUCCCCGCUCACUUGUGAUCAGUCUCCAGUCUGUGGGAUCGAUGCUGCCCGUAGCUCCGGGGCGGGCGGGCCUAGGCUCGCGGCUACGAGCUACCCACUAGUAGAAACUAGAACCUGAGCUGAGAACCGUACUCAAGUCAGGGCACAUCUCUCUCGCAGCUCUGCUCUGCACUGGCUGUGGUAAAGUUGCUGCCCUGGCUAACCACGAUCUCUAUUGGUCUUCCUGAAGAAGGACAGAUGUGAGCAAAACGACAUGUCUAGCAUGGAUAUUGAAGUAACCAUGGCUACCGACGAAGGCUCAAAUUAUACUCUUCUUAUGAACUCUGAUCUUGCAUCUGAAGAAUGGGAGCUGUAUGAAGCAUGUGGACUAUCAGAAACAACGCAACUUCCUAUUGAGUCCUGUGCUGUCAUUGAGGAUCCCUUGGACUGCAUCCCGUCAAUAACUAACCCCAAUUCUGAAACUCAGGUCGUAGACGCAAUAGGGCUUGACCAUGUCUAUCAAAGAAACAGCAGCGAUGCCGCCCCAACCGUGACUGAAUGUCAACCAGGACUGGAAAGUCCUACAUGUCUUUCCUUACCGGAGCUGCCGAAAGUAAGUAAUCCAAAACCUGCUCUAGAUGACCCUAUCAACAGACCUGUGGGCAGUAUGUCCUCAACAAAGUCCUCAAGCUUCUUGCUCGAUCACACAUAUUCAGCACAACCUUCACAGAAACCACCUUCAAAGCAACAACCUUCAAAGAAACUUCCCACGUGCGAGUUGUGUAGGCCUAGGACUUUUUUUUCAAAUCGCCUUGUACUUACGGAACAUUACAAAUGGCAUCUUUUUGAAGAUGCCAAUGUUGGUGUCCAAAAGCCAUCUAUCCGGGGCAUGAAGCAGACUAGCGAGGUUGAUUCUCAGCUACAUACCAUGGCGAAUGUUCCUAAAGAAACCUGCAUUAGUCGUCCAGUGAAGCCAUCUACCCUGUGCAUGCAGAAGGUACGGAAAGCUACUCAAGAUACAGAUGGAAUCUUGCAGAGUAGCAAGAAAAGCGUUUUUGAUCAGUUGCAGCAGUCCCAAUCUACAGAGAACAUCAAGCAGACUGGCGAGAAGACUGAUUCUCAGCUUCUUACCACGGCAAAUGUAUUUGAUGAAACCACAUGCCUACUAAAGCAACUAACAGAGAGCAUUGGGAAGACUACCGAGGGUACUUCUCAGUCACUUCUUUUAUGUGAUCUGUUAGGGCCGGAUAAAAAGCAUCCCGUUACAUGCGUUUAUCACACUUCUAUAAACAAGACAGGUCUUAGAGAUGAUGACGAAACUCACAUGCUUGGAAAUAUUUUCCGUUGCAUUUGGUGCAAGAAAUUUUUCAGCCAGUUUGAGAGCUUUAAACAGCACAAGUGCAAGAAGAAAUCUGGCAAGGCCAACCCUUGUGCACUGAUAAAUACAUAUUUGUGUGAGUUUUGUGGAGUUUCUUUUGCACGGCAUGGCAACUUCAUGAAGCACAUAGUCCUGCAUAAUAAUGUGCAAGCCGGUAAUGAGUUAAAACAGACACAAUCUAUAGUGAACAUUAAGCAGACUAGCAAGAACACUGAUUCUCUGCCACAUGCCAUAGAGAGUGUGCUUCGGGACCCCGAUGUUAGUCCUCAGAAGCAAUCCGCCCUGUCUCUACUGAAGCAGUCAAAAGAGAUCAUUAAGCAGACUAGCAUGAGGAGUGAUCCUCGACCACAUGCCAUAGAGAGUGUGCUUCAAGAACCCAAUGUUAGUCCUCCAGUGAAGCCAUCUAUCCUGUGCCUGCAGAAGGUAAGGAGAGCUGCUCAGAAGCAAUCCUUCCUGUCUCUGCUUCAGCAGUCAAAAGAGAUCAUUAAGCGGACUAGCAUGAGGAGUGAUCCUCGACCACAUGCCAUAGAGAGUGUGCCUCAAGAACCCGAUGUUAGUCCUUCAGUGAAGCCAUCUAUCCUGUGCCUGCAGAAGGUAAGGAGAGCUGCUCAAGACACAGAUGGAAUCUUGCAGAUUAGCCAGAAAAACGUUUUUGAUCAGUUGCAGCAGACCCAAUCUAUAGUGAACAUCAAGCAGACUAGCAAGAACAAUAAUGUGCAAGCCGGUAAUGAGUUACAUCAGACACAAUCUAUAGUGAACAUUAAGCAGACUAGCAAGAACACUGAUUCUCUGCCACAUGCCAUAGAGAGUGUGCUUCAGGAACCCGAUGUUAGUCCUCAGAAGCAAUCCGCCCCGUCUCUACUGAAGCAGUCAAAAGAGAUCAUUAAGCAGACUAGCAUGAGGAGUGAUCCUCGACCACAUGCCAUAGAGAGUGUGCUUCAAGAACCUGAUGUUAGUCCUCAGAAGCAAUCCGCCCUGUCUCUACUGAAGCAAUCAAAAGAGAUCAUUAGGCAGACUAGCUUGAGGAGUGAUUCUCGACCACAUGCCAUAGAGAGUGUACUUCAAGAAAUGCAACUCGACAGAUGUAGCCCUGUACUGGAUUCCGCAGCCACAUCUGAUGCUAUUCCUAAGACCAGUAAUUCCUGCAGAAGAAUAACACCCUUUCAGUGUUUAACAUGCAGUAAAGCUUUUGCAUUUGAGAGUCAGCUCCUGCAGCACAAAAAGUUGCACCGUCGUCAUAGAUAUUUGUGUGAAUAUUGUGGGUUAUUUAUUAAACUUUCUAACAACUACACCAAGCAGUUGGCCUUGCAUAGGUGUAUGAAACUCGACAGAUGUAGCCCUGUACUGGAUUCCGCAGCCACAUCUGAUGCUAAUCCUGAGACCAGUAGUUCCUGUAACAGAACAACCCCCUUUCAGUGUUCAACAUGCAGUAAAGCUUUUGCAUUUGGGAGUCAACUCCUGAGGCACGAAAAUUUGCACCGUCUUGAAAGUCGGCGUCCUGUUCCAAAGCGAGAACGAUCAGAUUCGGAGAGCGGUGAUGAGAGUUUUGGAAAGGUAGAGAGUGGAAAGAAAGACAGCGGAGGAGAGGAAAGAUUUGGAUGGAAGUUCAGGAUAAAAGAACCUGAUGGUGAAACAGGCAGUGGUACUAGGAAAAGAGGAACUUGUGGGAAAGGAAAUCAACAAGAGGGUCCCAAAUCAGCCCCUAGGUGGGGCGGGAAGGCUCGUUCAAAGGGACUAAAGGUCAAGCACUUUUUUUGUAGAGCUUGUGAUAAAGGGUUCUAUCAUCCAUGGCAGCUGAGGAAACAUAAGGCUUUACAUACAGAGUUAAGCUGUAAUAAGUGCAAUGGGUUGGUGUUCUCAUCGAGUUCAAAAUUAAAUAAUCAUUUGUUUAUCGGUAAACAUAAUGAUCAGGUACAGUCUGCAAGACAAGAGAAGCAUGGUUCCGAGGCAUCAUCACCUCAAGGGAACACUGAACCUUCAACACCUCUGGAGUCUUUACAAAGUGGACAUCCUAAAGGAAGAAUGAUUUCCUCAGUGGCCACUGGGCUGAAGUCUGUCCAGAGUGGGAAAUCUAGAACAAGCUCAAUGUCCAAAAAAGUUGACCUUGCCUCAAGUGGACAAUCAAAAGGAAGAACAAAGACACUGUCGGACAAAAAAAUGAAGUCUGUUCAAAAUGGGUAUCGUAAUGGAAGCAACAAGUCCUCUAAAGACAAGAAAAUUAAGUCUGUACAACAUGGACAUUCAGCAACAAAAAAAGAAUUCUCCUCAAGGACCAAAUAUUCAGAGUGCUCACAAAGUGGGCAACCAAAUGUUAGUACUGCAGAACCUAUGGUUAGCGCUGUAGGAACAAAACCUAUUCAUUGUAAUCAAUGUGGUAAAGGGUUCUUGCAACUCUGCAAACUGAAUUUUCACAAGCUGAAAUGUAGGGAGUUCAACUGCGACAAGUGCGAUGGCUUAACCUUUUCAUCCAAUGCAGAAUUGAAGAGCCAUGUGCUUGGACACACGAACAAAUUCAAAUGUCCCAAGUGUGGUGCCCAGUUUGCCUCUCAGAGGCUUUUGACAAAUCACACUGCAAGACAUUCUGAUCUGGUCCCAAACAUAUGUGAUGUAUGCGAGCUUGCCUUUAACUCCUUGAAAGCCUUAAAGAUGCACAAAAUUAUGUACCAUUUUUGACAACUUCGAGAUGAAAGUGCAACUUGAAAGACAGAAAGGUGCACAGAAUUCCAAAGGAAAGAGAUAGCAUGUAAACAAUUAGAAAUAAAGAAGAAAGAGCAAUAGAAAGAGAUCUUUUAAGAGGUAACAACCAAGAUGUCCGUCUAACUCACAAAGUGGCACCCACAACCUCUUUCUGUGUUUAAGGUUGGAGGUAAUGGUUUUACAGGGCGUCUCAGAGAAAAAAAGGUUUCAAAGUUUACAGGUUUAGAAAAGUCUCCCCACAUAAUUAUGGAUAGUUAUGGUCCCUUCUGUCAAAUGACAUCAAUAAUAAAGAGAGCCUAAUCUAUCCAGAGCUUUUGAUAAUUUCCUGAAAAGGUUUUGAAAUGUAUGUUAUGAUAUACUUGUUCCAUUUGUAAACUUUGCUGAGACACACUGUAUAAACAUUUGGGACCUCUCUAAGUUUGUUCAGUGAAAGAAUGUAUUUCUUGGUAACGCGGACGUGUUAUUGGAUUCUUUCCAGACGAGGGAAUUAAAGAAAUCAUACACUUUUAAAAACUCAAAAUAUUUUUAGGUCUGACUAUGAUUAAAGAUAAUUUAUAUCUUGCACAUGUACGACACUUUCUCCUGCCUCAAUUGCUCCACACUAAUUUCCUACAUACUAAGUUAAUUCCUAACUUCAACUUUUGACCCAAUACCCUAACCCUAUACCCUUAACCAAACCUGAAACCCAAAUUCUACCCUAACACUAAUCUACUUCUUUUGACAAUCCAUAGCUCGGAUCUGUUUUUUCAAGAGCAAAUGUUGGAACACCUAUCGAUAAACCUUCAUCCACAUAAUAUAUCUACUGAUAAAUGACAUGGGCACUGUUUCAUUAAAAAACUUGGUAUCGGCAACAAGUUGCAAUAAUUGCGAUGAGGUACUGAAAUCAUUGCAUUCCAUUGGCUGUGAGCAAUUAAUUAGAGAAAGGCAAUAGAUAACACUGAUAGGAAGUUUAAUGAAACGGUGCCCUAGUACUUUAUUGAUUUAUGUAUUUAAAAAGGUCUAUCCUUGGGCUAAUGCAUUUUGACCCAAAAAAUUAUGGAGAGAUUUGACAGUUUUUUCAUAAUAUGAAGAUGAUCGCUAUCUAACAAAAAUAAAUUUGUAACUUUGUCACAAAUUAUUGAUGUCAAUUCCUCACUUCUUUCCAAAAGUUCUGUAUAAAUGUUGGUACUUCACAGAUUCACAGUGAGUUCUUCCCCAGCAAAUCUUAAAGUAAAAUACAUGUACAUUAUCUACUGGAAUGUAUAUGCAUGUACUAUUGAGCAAAUUAAUAAACCUUAUACAAAUCAA